AUGGAAUUGUCCGAGCCUCUGAUUGUCGAAGCAAUCUACAUGUACGAGAGGGAAAAUGCAGAGCUGCAUCACACAGACAGAUUCGAAUUGGUCCACGAGGAGGAGCCGACGCCAGUUCUCCGGAGAGGCCAGGAAUUCAGUCUUGCUAUCAGAUUCAAUCGUGAAUACGUUGAGGAGACGGAUAUCGUUCGAUUGCUCUUCAGCUUUGGUGCUAAUGCGAGUGUCUUCAAGGGAACCAGAGGAAUUGAGCAAGUGAAACCUAAGCAGCAUGGACCCCUGGAUCUCGAGGCUUGGGGUGUCAGGAUGGUGGGGAAUACUGAUACCGAUCUUAUGGUGGAAGCUAGGAGUCCUGUGGAUAGUCCUGUGGGAAUCUGGCAGCUAAAUGUGGAAACCACAACUCUUGGGAGCAGACAACCUCCCAAUACCUUUCAUUAUGAGAAGGAUAUCUAUUUGCUCUUCAAUCCGUGGGUUAAAGUUCAAGGGACUCGAGCUGAACGAUUGACCUUGUACAGAGCAGUACGCAGUAUUCCAUCAGCGAAAAGGGCGUAUGCUGGAGGUGAACAAGUAGUUGAAGACGUUGACUUUAAACUCGUCGAUCUUGAUCGUGUCGACAUCGGCGAUCCUUUCACCAUUCUCAUUGACAUUGAUAAUAAAUCUGAAGAGAAGAGAACAGUCAAAGUUGUCUUGUCAGCUGGUAGUGUUUAUUAUAAUGGGGUGAAGGCCCAUCAGAUUAAACGAGCCGAAGGAGAAUUCGUUCUGGAGCCAUCGGAGAAGAGAUCUCUCCAGCUCAGAUGCACCGUUGAAGAGUAUUUGGAUAAAUUAGUCGAGUAUGCCAAUAUGAAAUUGUAUGCCAUUGCUACUGUACAGGAGACUAAUCAAACGUGGGCUGAUGAGGAUGACUUCCAGGUCAUCAAACCAACGAUCAAAGUUGAGGUAAAAAACAAGAAAUUUCAUUGUCCAAUUAUUUAUUCUAUGAAAUAAUAAUAAUAAUUAAAU